GCCACGAGUCCGGGGUCGACAUGUAGGAGUUUACCACACACUUCAACACUUUGUCCCUGCUCUUUUAUCGCUUUUCCUUCUGCUCCAUUUACCUUCUGAAGGACAGAGCAGCGACAUGUUUCUCCGCGGCUCCAAAAAGCGUCGGUCCGCGCGUUUGGAGGAGGAGGACCCAGACAAAGGUCAGCCCUGUAUUCGCUGUGGAGACCAGUGCCCCGGGUUCAGCGUGCACGGAUGGAGAAAGAUCUGUGUUCACUGUAAGUGUGUGCGUGAGGAGCACGCCGUGCGCGCCGUCCCGGGGCAGAAGAUGAUGACCAAACUCGUGUCCGACUUUCAGAGACAUUCCAUCUCCGACGACGACUCGGGCUGCGCCUCCGAGGAAUACUCCUGGGUCCCACCGGGGCUCAAGCCGGAACAGGUGUACCAGUACUUCAGCUGCCUGCCUGAGGACAGAGUGCCGUAUGUGAACAGUCCAGGAGAGAGAUACAGAAUCAAACAGCUGCUGCACCAGCUGCCCGCCCACGACAGCGAGCCGCAGUACUGCAACUCUCUGGACGAGGCGGAGAAGAAGGAGCUGCGAGCGUUCAGCCAGCAGAGGAAACGGGACAAUCUGGGACGAGGGGCCGUCCGACCUUUCCCCGUGACCAUGACCGGAGCCAUCUGCCACCAGUGUGGGAGACAGAUCAGCGGGGGGGACAUCGCCGUCUUUGCGACUCGCGCCGGGAGCGGCUGCUGUUGGCAUCCUCAGUGUUUCCAGUGCGCCUCCUGUAACGAGCUGCUCGUCGACCUCAUCUACUUCCACCAGGACGGUCAGAUCUACUGCGGCCGGCACCACGCGGAGAGGCUGAAGCCGCGGUGCCAGGCCUGCGACGAGAUCAUUCUGGCAGACGAGUGCACGGAGGCCGAGGGCAGGUGCUGGCACAUGAAGCACUUCUGCUGUUUCGAGUGUGAGGCGGCGCUCGGAGGUCAGCGCUACAUCAUGAGGGAGAGUCGACCGUACUGCUGCUCCUGCUACGAGGGGCUGUACGCGGAGUACUGCGACACGUGUGGAGAAAACAUCGGUAUUGACCAGGGCCAGAUGACGUUUGAGGGUCAGCACUGGCACGCGGUGGAGGCGUGUUUCUGCUGCGCCCGGUGCCACCUGCCCCUCCUGGGACGACCCUUUCUGCCCCGGGCAGGGCUCAUCUUCUGCUCCAGAGCCUGCUCUUUAGGAGACGACCCCAACAACUCCGACUCCUGUGACUCCGCCCUGCAGAGCCGCUCUCCUUUAAACAGGAGACACAUGACAGGACGAGGCCCGCAGCAACACUGCUGUUCACCUCUUCAGCCACUAGAGGGCAGCCACUCCCAUGUAAUACCAGCGAGAGACUGUAUUUACACCACAAUGAAAAACAGAGGUCCACAUUACACUUUUAUAGAACUCAAUGGAGCCCCUUCAUCCCGUCCUCCCAGAGGCAGCUACACCCCGCUCCCACACAUACACCUGGCAAACGGACGGGGCCCCUCCUGGCCCCAUGACAUCACACACUACGGCGUAGCACCAGGACGCUGCGACAGUCCUCACUUUAACUGCUCUGAAAAUGAAAACAGAACAAACGGAGACAUUGGACAUCCUCUCACCUGCAUCAACUCCAGAGAGACGUCCAGCGCUAAAGACUGCAUGGCCUGGGUGGAAAAGACACAUCAAGUUUAUCCAUCAGAAAACGAUCGAGACUCACCUGAUCUACCUCCGUCUGACUCUGACCUACCUCCUCCUCUGCCCCUAAAGUCCCACGAGCCCCGAGACUCUCCCCCUGUGAAUGUGACUCAGGACAGACCCUCAGACUCCCCCACGCCCCUGUCCCGUGGCGGCACGACCCGGGUCAGCUUCAGAGAGCCAAUCAGCAGCAGCUAUUCUGUGGAGGAAGAGGAGGAGGAAGAGGACGAGGAGGAAGAGGAAGAGGAGGAGGAGGAGGAAGAAGAUGAGCCCUGUGACAAAGAGGAGGAGGAUCAGUCCCAGGACGUGUUUGGAAGCAGGUUACAGCUGAAGAAAGGCAUCCCGCCUCAGAUGGACCUGCUGGACGGCUCGUCGCACCAUCACCGUCGCCGCAGAGGUUGGGGUCACUCCCGCGUGCCCUCUGACCCCUCUCUCCUCACGGGGUCAGAGAGACGGCACCGGCGCUCCCGAUCCGAACGCCCCCGACUGGACUCGCUGGAGCGCAGGGGGGAGAGGGACCGGGAAAUCCGAGGUUCGUCCCGCUCCCUGUCCGUCGGCCUCCAGACGGGACGCCGCGGACACGAGGACUCCUGCUCCACCUGCUCCUCCUCCUCCUCCGACUCAGAGGAGGAGGGGUUCUUUUUGGGGAAACCGAUCCCUCUGCCGCCGCAGCUCCGAGCGACCCCGAAGAGCACCCCCGCGCCUCCCCCCGCGGGUAAGGAGGCGCAGAAGGAGAGCGGACUUCGCGGGAGCUUCAGGCGGAGACGAGCUCACAGUCUGGGGGCGAAAGACAAAGAUAAAAACUGCGCCAUUUCGUAGCAUCUGAGCGAGUUUGGUUUAAAAUCAGAAAUGUUAGAGUUACGAGUGUGAUUUAAGUUCUGUUCCUGUUGAUAUUUUGCAGUGACGUCGCGCCGGGGGGGUUCUACGUGGAUGUCUAUGGUGGAAUGUUACCGUGGCGACACAAUUAGCACAUUAGCCAACGCAGAUUGUCUGAAAAAAACAACUCAAAAAUGUAUUUAAAGAGCACAUUUUCAGGAGGCUGUGGUCAGUCUGAGCGUUCAUGGUCCUGUUUAGGAGUCAUGCUAAUGCUAAUGCUAAUGCUAAUGCUAAUGCUAGCUUGUGAUGUAAUAUUAUUUGAGAGGGACUUAUUUAACAGCACAGAUCAGCUCACCAGAUAUAAUUCUUGUGUUAAAAUAAAGCUCAGGUUAAAGUCGAACUUGAGUAACAGCUUCAGACAGAGCGGUGCCUCCAGUUAGCGUCACACCCCCAGAGAAUGUGGAUGACAGAUUUAAUCCAUGUUCUAAUGUUUCCUCCUCAAAAACAGACGUGGAGUUGUGUUUUGUUUCAUUCACACGUUUGAGUCACACUUUAUUAUU